AUGUCCCAGUCUCACUAUACUCUUGCCGAGGGCGUGCCCUUGCCUCGAAACGACAUCAUCGAGCAACUGUCGACGGGGUCAGGAGGUGGCCAUGUCCUCUUGACAAGCACCCAGCUGCUGGAGAACCUGGCGCAUUUCUCUCGCGAGCGGAUUCCCGAACGCACCGUCCACGCAAAGGCCGCCGGCGCCAGGGGCUAUUUUGAAGUGACGGACGAUGUCUCGGACGUGACGGACGCAGACUUCCUCAAUGGCAUCGGCAAGAAGACGGAAGUGCUGAUGCGGAUCUCGACCGUGGGACCUGCGCGAGGCUCUGCCGACACAGUCCGUGAUUUCCGAGGGUUUGCCAUCAAGUUUAAGACGGACGAGGGUAACCAGGAUUGGGUCUUUAACAACCAGCCUGUCUUCUUCGUACGCGACCCCAUGAAGUUUCCCUCGUUGAACCGAAGCCAUAAACCUCACCCGACCACCAAUGCCUCGGAUGCCAGCAUGUUCUGGGACUUCCACGUCAACAACCCGGAGAGCAUCCACGCGCUGAUGUUCCUGUUUGGGGACCGGGGCCUGCCGUCUUCGGUGCGCCACGUCAACGGCUACAGCGGCAACACAUACAAGUUCACAAAGGACAACGGGGCCUCGUACGUCUACACGCGGAUCACAUUCAAGACGGUGCAGGGGAUCCAUUACUAUACCAACGCCGAGGGCGCCGAGAUCGCGGGCAAAGACCCGGACGCGCACCUGGUUGAUCUCCAGGAGGCGAUCAAGAAGGGCGACUUCCCCAAGUGGGACGUGUACAUCCAGGUGAUCAAGCCCGAGGACAUCUCCAAGGCGCCCAUUAACAUCUUCGACAUGACCAAAGUGUGGCCCAAGUCGCUGUACCCGCUGCGCAAAAUGGGCCGCGUGACCCUGGACACGAACCCCAAGAACUGGUUCGCCGAGAUCGAGCAAGCCGCCUUCAGCCCCAGCAACAUGGUUCCCGGCAUCGCGCCCUCGCCGGACCCGAUGCUCCAGGCCCGCAUGUUCGCGUACCCCGACGCCGCGCGCUACCGGCUGGGCGUCAACUACCAGUUCCUGCCGACCAACGCCGCCAAACCCCAAGUCUACUGUCCGAUCGAGCGCGACGGGUUCAUGAACUUCACCCCAAACUACGGCGCCGACCCAAACUACCUGGGCACCAAGCUCAAGCCCGUGGCGUUCUCCCACCGCACCAGCUCCGCCAAGAUCGCCAGCACCGACUUUGCCACCACCACCACUCAACAACUCAGCCUGGGCCGGCCGGACGAGGUGCAGAUCCCUUACCCGAUCUCGGCUUUCACAGAGGUCGACGACCGCAAGGACUUUGAGCAGCCCAUUGCGCUGUGGAAGAUCAUGGAGAAGCAGGAGGGCGCACAGGCCCGAUUUGUGGACAACGUGGCCGCCCAUGUCAGUGGCGUGGGGGAGAAGUGGUUGAGGGACGAGGUCUACGCCAUGUUCGCCAAAGUCGACACACAACUCAGCGACAAGAUCCGCAAGGUCACAGAGAACAAGAUCGACAACGACCACAAGCACCCCCACAAGUCCGCGUGGCAUUGA